GCCGGGGGCGGCUCCAGGCCGCAGAUAAAGGAUGCCGGGCUCGAAGCUGCAGGGCAGAGCCGAGAAUGAGAGAAGACUUGGGCGUCUGACCUGCACACCGUGCCUCCUCUCACUUCGCUCUCGCGGCCUUCCCGCCCUCUGUCCUGCUUGCUGCACAGAACACCUUCCACCAUGGCCACCUCAGCAAGUUCCCACUUGAACAAAGGCGUCAAGCAGGUAUACAUGGCUCUGCCCCAGGGCGAGAAAGUCCAGGCCAUGUAUAUCUGGAUUGAUGGCACUGGAGAAGGACUGCGCUGUAAGACCCGCACCCUGGACAGUGAACCCAAGUGUGUAGAAGAGCUGCCUGAGUGGAAUUUUGAUGGCUCUAGUACUUUUCAGUCUGAAGGCUCCAACAGUGACAUGUAUCUCACCCCUGUUGCCAUGUUUCGGGACCCUUUCCGCAAGGACCCCAACAAGCUGGUGUUCUGUGAAGUCUUCAAGUACAACCGAAAGCCUGCAGAGACCAAUUUAAGGCACUCCUGUAAACGGAUAAUGGACAUGGUGAGCAACCAUCACCCGUGGUUUGGAAUGGAGCAGGAAUAUACCCUGAUGGGGACAGAUGGACACCCCUUCGGCUGGCCUUCCAACGGCUUCCCUGGGCCCCAAGGCCCGUAUUACUGUGGAGUGGGAGCAGACAGAGCCUAUGGCAGAGACAUCGUGGAGGCCCACUACCGGGCCUGCUUGUACGCUGGCAUCAAGAUCGCGGGAACGAAUGCUGAGGCCAUGCCUGCCCAGUGGGAAUUCCAGAUAGGACCCUGUGAAGGCAUCGACAUGGGAGAUCAUCUCUGGGUGGCCCGUUUCAUCUUGCAUCGUGUAUGUGAAGACUUUGGCGUGAUAGCAACCUUCGAUCCUAAGCCCAUUCCUGGAAACUGGAACGGUGCCGGCUGCCAUACCAACUUCAGCACCAAGGCCAUGCGAGAAGAGAAUGGUCUGAAGUACAUUGAGGAGUCCAUCGAGAAACUAAGCAAGCGGCACCAGUACCACAUCCAUGCCUACGAUCCCAAGGGGGGCCUUGACAAUGCCCGGCGCCUAACUGGAUUCAACGAAACCUCCAACAUCAAUGAUUUCUCUGCUGGUGUAGCCAACCGUGGCGCCAGCAUCCGCAUUCCCCGGAUGGUUGGCCAGGAGAAGAAGGGCUACUUUGAAGACCGCCGCCCCUCUGCUAACUGUGACCCCUUUGGGGUGACAGAAGCCCUCAUACGCACGUGUCUGCUCAACGAGACUGGCGACGAGCCCUUCCAGUACAAGAACUAAGUGGACUUAGACCUCCAGCCAUCAAACCCCUCCCAGUUCUUCACCCCACUCCCACUUUUCCUGUCUCCCAAUUGUCCUACUAACUGUAACUCAAAGGGCAGAAUAUCAAGGUCUUUUUUUUCCCUUGUGCCCAGUUAAUAACUCUUGCUUUUUUGGGUCAGGGUAGAGGAGUCAAGUUCUUAAUCUCUUCACACCCACCCCAUCCACCUUCUUAUCCUAUUACAGAAGCUUUGGAAGACUGAGGAAGUAGUGCAUUAGUGAGGAGGGGUGGGAGGGGCAACAUAACCACUGGUUCCAUUUAAUCAGGUGUGUUUGUCCACUAGGCAUAGUCCGGUCUGGACAGGGAACAUCUGUGUUUGUGAAAGGAGAGCAGGACUUUUUCUGUGAGGUUAGCUAAGGUGAGGGGGGGCUGACUUACUGUGUAGAUAGCUGAGAAUUUACCCUUCCCACUUUUGGUGGGAAGUUCCAUGUUUUAAAAAGGAUUAUAACCAACUUUCCUUUUGAAGUGGGAGUUAGAGAAGGAAAGGUUACAGAGAUUAGGAGGAAAAUGCCCUUGAUCUCUUGCUGUUGUGCUUCCCUUGCUUGAGGCUAAAUGCCCUAACCUGAAGAGUGUUAACUGAUGGAUAGUCCUACCAUAAGAAGACAAAGUUCCUAUUGCUUGGUCCUCCAUUUAUAACACAAAGCAGAGUAGUAUUUUUAUAUUUAAAUGUAAAAACAAAAAAAUUAUAUAUAUGGGUGUGUGGAUAUAUGUGUUUUUCUAAAGGAGAAAACCAUUCUAAUCACUGGAAGGCAAAUUUGUCUGGUUAGAAAUAAGGAUCUCCUUUUGAGUCCGGGUGGAAGAGGCAUUGCUUGAAAAGUUGGCUACUUGAGGCCAUUAUUCCCUCCUUACCACUUGGGGAGCUUCAGUGUGCCCUGCCCACCCUUCCAAAGGGAGUGGGAAUUGGUCCGGUAACAGAUAGAUGCAGGUUACUAGCAGUGGGAGUCACGUGAGCCUGGUGGCUCUGGUUUGGAAGACACACACGUACUUGUGCACACAGGGGUUCAGCAAUAUGAGUUGGCUGGUCAACUUAAGCUUUAUGUUCCCGACAAAGGGGUACUGGGGUUAUUUUCUGGUGGGAGUAGCAUGUUACUAAAGCAGGCCUUUUGAUAUAUUAAAAAUUUUUAAAGCAAAACAAGUUUAGUUUUUAGUCAUAUUUGUAGGAUUUCUGAGUCUUUCUGUUUUACAGAAUUGCUUGUUGGCUUCAACUGUUUCCCCAUCUCUGCCCUUUGAGGAGAUGGGAAAGGCCUGGAGUCACAAUUGUGAUUUUGUAUUCUGGUGUCUUUCCAUGAGUGCGAGAUACUCCUUUAACAUUUCUAAAGAGUUGUGUUCCUUUCCUUUUAUAAUAAAAAAAAAAAAGCAAAUCCUACCUUAAUCCCUACAUUUUUCCCUACUUGUUCAAUGGUGAUUUUUGUGUUGACUGCAGCAAGUAUGCUGUGGUUUUCUCUUGCCAUGACGACUUCUGAUUGCCAUGUACAGUAUGUUCACAGAUAAUUCCUCAUUGUAAACAAACUGUAACUGCCCAGAGCAGCUCUUAUAAAUCAGCCUAACAUUUGUAAGA